CCCUGUGGCCAGCCAGGAAGAGCCAUGGGGAGCCCGGCCUGGGUCCCCAAGCCCUGCUCUCUCACCUCCCCCGGCCCCUGCGCAAUCCUGCUGCUGCUGCUGCUGCUGCGGGGGCCCCCGGCCAGUGGGAACCAUACGGAUCCCCAGGGACUGAAUGCCACGGACAUCCCUGGGAUCUACACAGUCCCUGCGACCUCUGUGACCCCCGAGGCCACAGCCACUGGGGCUCCAAAGGCUGUGACCCAGGGGUCCCAAACCGGGGGUCUCUCUCCUCUGCCCAAGGCGGCCCCCUCCGGCCUCAGCCCCCAGGGCCCAGUGCUCACGGAGGCCGGGCAGCCCUGCAGAUUCCCCUUCCGCUAUGGUGGCCGCGUGCUGCACUCCUGCACCUCGGAGGGACGCGCCCGCAGGAAGUGGUGUGCGACAACUCACAACUAUGACCGCGACAGGGCCUGGGGCUACUGCGUGGAGGCCGCCCUGCCCGCGGAAGGCCCAGCGGUCCCUGACCCCUGUGCCUCUGGACCCUGCCUCAAUGGGGGCACCUGCUCCAACACCCAGGACCCUGUGUCCUACCACUGCGCCUGUCCCCCGGCCUUCACAGGCAAGGACUGUGGCACAGAGAAAUGCUUUGACGAGACCCGCCAUGAGUACCUAGAGCCGGCCGAGCGCUGGGCCCGGGUGCAGGGGGCGCGUGUGGAGCAGUGCACCUGCUGGGAGGGCCGGGCUCGCUGCGAGCAUGCGCGGCACACAGAGUGCCCCAGCCACCCGUGCCUCAACGGAGGUACCUGCCACCUGAUCGUGGGCACUGGGACCAGCGUCUGCGCCUGUCCCCCAGGCUAUGCCGGGCGGCUCUGCAACAUCGUGCCCGGGGAACACUGCUUCCUGGGGAAUGGCACCCAGUACCGCGGCGUGGCCGCCACCGCCGCCUCGGGCCUGGGCUGCCUGGCCUGGAACUCGGAGCUGCUUUACCAGGAGCUGCACGUGGACUCGGUGGGCGCCGCCGCGCUGCUCGGCCUCGGCCCCCACGCCUACUGCCGGAACCCAGACAAAGACGAGAGGCCCUGGUGCUACGUGGUGAAGGACAACGUGCUGUCGUGGGAGUACUGUGACCUGAAGGCCUGCGGGGAAUCCCUGAGCAGAGCCCAGCCCCCGGCCUCCGGGGUCCUGCUGGCCCUGCCAGCGCCGGCCACACGGCCGACCUGCGGCAGGAGGCACAGGAAAAGGACAUUCCUGAGGCCGCGCAUCGUGGGCGGCUCGUCCGCCCUCCCCGGCUCCCACCCCUGGCUGGCCGCCAUCUACAUCGGCCACAACUUCUGCACAGGGAGCCUCAUCCACACCUGCUGGGUGCUGUCCGCGGCCCACUGCUUCUCCAACAGCCCCCCCAGGGACAGUGUGUCGGUGGUGCUGGGCCAGCAUUUCUUCAACCAAACAACGGACGUGACACAGACGUUCGGCAUUGAGAAGUACGUGCCCUACUCCCUGUACUCCGUGUUCAACCCCAGCAACCAUGACCUCGUCCUGAUCCGGCUGAAGAAGAAGGGGGAUCGCUGUGCUGUCCGCUCCCAGUUUGUCCAGCCCAUCUGCCUGCCCGAGGCCGGCAGCUCCUUUCCUGCUGGGCAGAAGUGUCAGAUUGCAGGCUGGGGCCACGUGGACGAGCACGUGAGCGGCUACUCCAGCUCUCUGCGGGAGGCCCUGGUCCCCCUGGUGGCUGACCACAAAUGCAGCAGCCCGGAGGUGUACGGCGCAGACAUCAGCCCCAACAUGCUCUGUGCCGGCUAUUUUGACUGCAAGUCGGAUGCCUGCCAGGGGGACUCGGGCGGGCCCCUGGCCUGUGAGAAGAGUGGGGUGGUCUACCUCUAUGGUAUCAUCAGCUGGGGAGACGGCUGCGGGCGACGCAACAAGCCGGGCGUCUACACCCGCGUAGCCAGCUACGUUGACUGGAUCAAUGACCGCAUCAGGCCUUCCAAGCGGCCUGCAGCGCCCCCCUGAGACCCCCAG